AUGAAGCCCUUCGUCAGUUUAUUAAUGGUUUUGGCCGCUUUGGUCGCUUGCGGUCAAGCUCACAAUGUUCAGAAGCGCUCUUUGGGCUCUUUGUUGGGAGGUGGCGGCAGCGGUGGCGGUCUUGGUGGAUUACUCCAGGCUAAACUUAGUUUGCUCGGAGGUGGUGGUGGCGGCGGCGGCGGUGGUGGUGGCUACUCCGGUGGUCAUGCCUCUUCCGGUGGAUACAGUGGUGGCGGCUAUAGCGGUGGUGGCUACUCCGGUGGUCAUUCUGGCGGCUACAGCAGCGGCGGUGGCAGCUAUGGCGGCGGUGCUGCCCAAAAAGUUGUUGUCGUAAAGAUUGUCAACGAUGCCGGUGCUGGCGGUUAUGGUGGCGGUUAUGGCGGCGGUCAUGGCGGCGGUUAUGAAGGCGGUCAUGGUGGCAGCUAUGGUGGUGGUUAUGAAGGCGGUCAUGGUGGCAGCUAUGGUGGCUCUCAUGGCGGUAGCUAUGGCGGCUCUCAUGGUGGCAGCUAUGGCGGUGGUGCUUCCACCGUUAAGGUUUUCAAAGUCAUCCAUCAAUCUGGCGGUGCUUCUGCUGGCGGUUAUGGUGGCGGUUACGGUGGUGGUCACGGUGGUCACAGCUCUGGUGGCUGGAGUCAAGGUGGUGGUUCAUCCUGGUAA